AUGCUUCCUCUAAACUGCGCCCCCAUCCUCGCGGGCCUGGCCGUCUAUCAACUCUUGAACCGUUGUUUGCAUAAAACAGUCAAGCGUUUCAACCCGGGGUUCUACGCGGAACUGGAACUUGACGGGCACCGCAAGCUGGCCCCCUACUUCGUCUUCCCGCUGGGCAUCCUCCUGACUCUGACCACGACGCCGAUUUGCCUCGCCGCGUACAGUGAAACGCCCCUUGUGACCGACACCUUCGGCCUCGACCGGCCCUUCUCCACCAACGGCAAGAUCUGUCUCAGCUCCCGGGCCGUCCUUUGGGUCUCGGAGAUGCCCCUCCUCAGCUACUCGUCGGAAUAUGUCGCCCACCACAUGCUUUCCCUGGGGUCUCUGGCCCUCGUCUUGAUCAACAAUAGCCCGCGGCGACCCAUCUACCUCAUCUACACCGGCCUGGUUACGGAACUCUUCUCCGACGCCGUUGCGUUGCUACGCUUCCACGGCCGCGGUCCGACCAACUCGUCACGCUUCCGCAAGACCAUGCUGGCAAACGUCUUAUCCAUGGUCUUCUUGAGAAUCAUACCUAUCGUCGCCUACGCCGCGACCAUGCCGACAACAAGGGCAUACUACGCAACCGGCAUCGCCUUCUACUGUUUUUACCUUGGCCGGCUAACCUUUCUCCAACUGGGGACCCUGGGCUACCACAAGAUGAGGGUGGGCAGAACGGCGAAUUCAAGCAGACAGUCGGCAAACCCAAAAUCACGAUCGCGCUUAUCGUCGUCGGAAGCGAGUCUUUUUCGACGUCCGAUGGCGCUUGUCGUCUGUGUCGCCGUCGUCAUCGCGUACAUGGGUCUGAGAGAAGUCGAGGACCUUGAAGCGUUGCCCAAUGGACCCGCCGUCGCAUCAAGUCGGAAUAGCACCUGA